AUGCGGCCGGCGCAAUCCAUCCUCUUCGUCGGCCUAGCGCCGCUCGCGCGCGCACUUGCGCCGCGCACGGAGAUCGCCGACUCCUACGAUUUCGUCGUCAUCGGCGGUGGCCAGGCCGGUCUCGUAGUUGGGGGGCGUUUGGCCGAGGAUACUAAUCACACUGUGCUGGUCCUGGAAUCCGGCGGAAAUGGCGACGAUUACAGGAAUCGAAUUGGUCGGACUUUUCUUCUGUCUGUAUUCACGCGCACACUAACAUUCGACCUAGAUACUCCCGCAUACUCCUACUUCGACUCAUUGUGGACAACCCCACUGAACUGGGGCUACUACACCGUCUCCCAGCCCAACGCAAAUGAUCGCGAAAUUUACUGGCCGCGCGGAAAAGUGCUCGGCGGCUCGUCCGCCAUCAAUGGCUUGUACAUGACGCGUCCCGGCGAGGACGAGAUUAAUGCCUGGCAGUCCCUGCUGGACGGUAUGGAAGGCGCAGAGAAUUGGGGAUGGGAUUCGUUUUACGCCGCUAUGAAGAAGAGCGAGACCUUUUCCCCACCGACGGAUGAAAUGAAGGAUCAGGCGGAGAUUACUUGGGACGCGGCGACGCAUGGGAGCUCGGGUCCUAUUCAUGCUUCGUAUCCUGGAUUUACAUUCGACCAGGUCGGCGAGUGGUCCGAAGCUUGCGAUAACAUCGGCAUCGGUGUCUCUGACGAAAUGUACGGCGGUUCACCCUGGGGCGCCGAAGUCUCGACCUCCUGUAUCAACCCCUCCAAUUGGACGCGCUCCUACAGUCGGACUGGAUAUCUGGACCCGAUGCCUGAUCGCGGGAAUUACGACGUCCUGUCUGAUGCCCAUGUUACGCGCAUUCUGUUCGCGAGUGACUCGAAUCUGACUGCUAAUGCCGUCGAGUAUACCCCCGACGACGGCACGACGAAGAAGACUGUCAAUGUGACCAAGGAAGUUAUUCUCGCUGCUGGGUCGGUGGGAAGUCCGGCCGUGUUGCUUCACAGUGGUGUUGGACCGAAUGAUGUGCUGGAAAGUGCAGGAGUUGAUCUUGUGCAUGAGCUUCCGGGUGUUGGGCAGCAUUUGCAGGAUCAUUUUAGCGCAACAGUGAAAUGGACCACGAAUGUCGAAACAGCCGGCUCAAUCUUCUACGACAACGGCAGUGAACGAAACAAUCCCCUCUUCCUCACAUACAUCGACUCAGCAAUCGCCUACGUCAACUCAACCUACCUCUACGGCUCCGAAUUAUCCUCAACACUGGACACAAUCACCUCCCAAAUCAACUCUUCCCUCCCAAACUCAACCUAUUCCUCCGUCAUCGACGGCUACAGAGCAAUCUACAACACAACCACGAGCAUCUUCAACAGUCCAACCGGCCUAAUAGAGCUCCUCUUCAUGAACAGCGACGGAAACGGCAACGUCGGCAUCACAGCUGCAUUGCAGCACCCAUACAGUCACGGAAGAAUCUACAUCAACUCUUCAGACCCCAUGGACUACCCCGUCAUCGACCCGAACUACCUUGCCAACUCAGCUGACACAUCCCUCCUAGCAAAAGGCCUCCGCCUAGCCCGCAGCCUGGGCCAAACAACCCCCCUCUCCUCAAACCUAACCGGUGAAAUCUCACCAGGCGACAGCACAAUCUCCGACUCCGACUGGGAAGACUGGCUAAAAGACAACGCGGGCACAGAAUACCAUCCCUCCUCCUCCUGCGCCAUGCUCCCCGAAUCGCUCGGCGGCGUCGUAGACGCAACCCUGCGCGUCUACGGACUGAAGAACGUCCGCGUCGCGGACGCGAGUGUUCCCCCCAUCGCGCUCUCAACGCACCUCAUGGCUUCCACAUACGGCGUUGCGGAGAUCGCGGCGGCUGUUGUGCGGGAGUAUUGGAAUCAGGGUGGGGAUGUUGCGUUUAGUUCCGCUUCGGCGAGUGUUACGGGGUCUUCUGGGAGUUCUGCCGCUACGAGUGCGCCUGUUAAGGGGGUUGAUAAGAGUGGUGCGGGCAGGGUGGGGACCGGGUUUUGGUGGUUGGGGUUUUUGAGUAUUUUUGUGUUGCUCAAG